AUGAAGGAUUUGAUGGAGGAAAAGGUAGACCUAACAAAGGAUUUAAUGCAGGAACUAGCAGAUGUAAAGGAAAAAAAAGAAUGCGAAAAAUCAGAACUAACAAAGGAUUUAAUGCAGAAACUAGCAGAUGUAAAGGAAAAAAAAGAAUAUGAAAAAUCAGAACUAACAAAGGUUUUAAUGCAGAAACUAGCAGAUGUAAAGGAAAAAAAAGAAUGUGAAAAAUCAGAACUAACAAUGGAUUUAAUGCAGAAACUAGCAGAUGUAAAGGAAAAAAAAGAAUACAAAAAAUCAGAACUAUCAAAUAGUAUUACGAAUUUUAAGAAUGAUAUCAAAUACCGCACUGAACUUCUUUUACAAUCAAAAAGGAUGUGUAAUGUGAGAGGUGCCUUAGAGUUCAUCAGAUCAAUGAUUCAAUUGCAGGAUAAAACUACCUCAUUUUGUGAUCCUACAGACAGUGAUUUAAUGAAAUUGGCACAAGAUGCAAAGUUUGUGUCAUAUUUAAAACAAAUAUGUUUAGCUAAUAAUUCUCAAUACAAAGAUGUAGAAAAGUGUAUGGGUGGUCUUUACCAUACUGUAUCAAAACAAUUACAUGGCCAUGAUAAGAAUAUUGAAAUCCAUGCACAGGACUGGAGUGUGAAUGAAGUACUAGCACUAGGUGCUCUUUUUCAUUAUUAUAAUAUUCCAUAUUAUUAUUAUGAUGAAGAGGGACAAUUAACUGAAUACCCUUACAUUUUGCAAAAUAAUGACCAUGGACAUGGAACACGUGUAGCUGCCUUAGUUGGUGGAAAAACAUUUGGUGUAGCAAGAAAAAGUAACCUGAUAGCAGUCAAAGUGUUAAAUAGCUCAGGUAGUGGAACUAUGGCAGAUGUUUUGAGUGCAUUAACAUUUGUAUUGAAUCAACACAAAUCCUGCUCUAAUAAGAAAACAGUGGUUAAUAUGUCACUUGGUGGACCACUGUCACAAGCACUAAAUGCUGCUCUAGAAGCUCUUACUAAGGCUGGUAUACAUGUGGUAUUAGCAGCUGGUAAUAGUAAUACAGAUGCAUGUUCACAAUCACCAUCAUCUGUUCCAUCAGCAAUCACAGUUGGUACACCAGUUACCAAUUCAUUAAAUAAACAAAUAUCAGCAUUGAAAAGUAUACAAGUUCAAAAUAAAUAA